UUGGAGGUACGAAUAAAUAUCAUUUCCGGUAAAAAUAAACGCAUGUGAAUUUUUCAUCUUUAUUUAAAAAUCGCAAAAAAUGUUAACAACGAAGACUUUUAUCAAGAAGACAAAGAAAGGAAGUAUUAUAAAGAUUGUUCGUGAACAUUAUCUCCGUGAUGACAUCACAUGCGGUUGUCAGUGUUGCACAAUCUGCGACCAAAACGAUGCCAAACCUUUGGAGAGCAAACCGGUCAACAAAAGCAAAUUAUGCAAGAAGUCACACUAUCUUAUCUUGGAUACCAAUGUAGUUUUUCAUCAGAUUGAUGUAGUAGAAGAUCCUUCCAUUCAGAAUGUUAUAGUUCUACAGACUGUUUUAGAGGAGAUUCGACACAGAAGUGCUCCUGCCUACAAGAGAGUGAAAGACUUCAUAGCAAAUCCAGACAAACAUUUCUACACAUUCUGUAAUGAAUUCAACAAAGAUACAUAUGUUGAAAGACAGAAAGGAGAGAGUGCCAAUGAUAGAAAUGAUAGGGCUAUAAGGGAGGCAAGUUUGUGGUACAAAAGACAUUUAGAGGACCAUGCUUCAGAAGAUAUUGAUAUUGUCUUACUUACAAAUGAUGAAGACAACAGAACAAAAGCCAAAGCUGAAGGGCUACAGUCAUUCACAGUUCAAGAAUAUGUUAAAAGUUUAAAAGAUUGUGGAUCUAUUGUUGAUCGUCUCUCCAGUACUGGUUCUCAUGUGAAAUUUGGAGACAAAAUUAUGUAUCCUGAACACUUGCCUUUGUCUACAAUACAGAAGGGUAUAAAAACUGGGAAAUAUUUACAGGGAAGUUACAUGGCCAGCAGAGAGAAUUACCUGGAAGCCAACGUCAGUGUUCAUGAUCAGGAUAGAAUGAUUUUUGUACAAGGUCACCAGAAUUUAAAUAGAGCGGUGAAGGAUGACAUUGUUGCUAUUGAGCUGUUACCGGAGGAGGAAUGGAGUUGUCCUUCUUCAAUGGUGUUGGAGGAAACAGAAGAAAAGGCAGAUGAAGAUAAUAUGGAAAUAGAGGAAAAACAAAUGAGGAAAAACAAAGUACCUAAAGAGUUACGACAGCCAACAGGAAAAAUUGUGGGAAUUAUUAAAAGAAACUGGAGGCAGUAUUGUGGUAUCCUACAACCAUCAGCGUUAAAGGAGAGCACAAGACAUAUUUUUACCCCUGCUGACAGAAGAAUUCCUAGGAUAAGGAUAGAAACUAGACAAGCACAUGAUCUUGCAAGUCAAAGAAUUGUUGUAGCUAUUGAUAACUGGCCAAGGAAUUCAAGAUAUCCGCAGGGACAUUUUGUGAGGAAGCUUGGUAACAUAGGAGAUAAAGAUACAGAAAAUGAAGUGUUGUUACUAGAACAUGAUGUUCCACAUAGUAAAUUUUCUGAAGCAGUAUUGAGCUUUCUGCCAAAGAUGCCAUGGUCCAUCACAGAUGAGGACAGAAAGAAAAGACGGGAUUUACGACAUAUAGAUAUUUGUAGCGUAGAUCCACCUGGUUGUACUGAUAUAGAUGAUGCUUUACACUGUAGAGAACUGGAUAAUGGAAAUCUUGAGGUAGGAGUACAUAUAGCAGAUGUUUCACAUUUUAUCAGACCAGGAAAUGCCAUGGAUAAAGAAGCUGCCAAGAGAGGGACCACAGUUUACUUAGUAAAUAAUAGAAUAGAUAUGGUACCAGAAUUACUCAGCUCUAAUUUGUGUUCAUUGAGAUCUAAUGUUGAAAGAUUUGCCUUCUCAGUAUUAUGGGAAAUGACAAAAGAAGCAGAAAUAGUAAAAACAGAUUUUACAAAGAGUAUAAUAUUGUCAAAAGCAUCUCUUACUUAUGCAGAAGCCCAAAUGAGGAUAGAUGAUCCUGCCAUGACAGAUAACACAACAAAAAGUUUACGGUGGUUAAAUAAACUGGCAAAGAUACUGAAACAAAGAAGAAUUGAUAAUGGAGCCUUGACAUUGGCCUCAUCUGAAGUCAGAUUCAACAUUGACAGUGAAACCCAUGAUCCAAUUGAUGUACAGACAAAACAAAUAAGAGAUACAAAUUCAAUGGUAGAAGAAUUCAUGUUGUUAGCUAAUGUUGCCACAGCAGAGAAGACGUUAAGGGAAUUUCCUAACUGUGCCAUGCUACGUAGACAUCCUGCACCCCCUCCGUCUAAUUUUGAACCUUUAAUCAAAGCAGCAGAAUCAAAGGGAUUUAAAUUAGAUGUGUCCAAAGGAAAAGUAUUUGCUGACAGUAUAAAAGGUGCAGUUAUUCCAAAUGAUCCAUACUUUAACACCAUGUUACGUAUGAUGGCCACACGAUGUAUGAUGCAGGCUGUUUAUUUCUGUAGUGGGAUGUUACCAGAAUCAGAAUAUUUCCAUUAUGGUUUAGCAGCUCCUAUUUAUACACAUUUUACUUCUCCAAUUAGAAGAUAUUCUGAUAUAAUUGUACACAGAUUGUUAGCUGUUUGUAUUGGAGCCGAUUCGUCUUAUCCAGACUUAUUAGAGAAACAUAAAAGUCAGUUACUAAGCAAUAAUCUGAACUACAGACAUAAAAUGGCACAGUAUGCAGGGAGAGCUUCUGUCAAUCUUCAUACACAUAUUUUCUUUAAGAAUAGAGCAGUUGAUGAAGAGGGCUAUGUAUUAUUCAUACGUAAGAAUGCUCUGCAGAUAUUGAUCCCCAAGUAUGGAUUAGAGGGAACACUUUACAUCAACAAAGAGAAGUCAGGUGUUACAUUUACCUUCAAUGAAGAGGAAAACACACAGUCAUGUGGUGGAGUUACUCUACAUGUGUUUGAUAGAGUUGUUAUACAGAUUAGUAUUGACCGGUCUAAUGUCCAACAUUUAAAACUUUGUCUUAAACUUGUUAAACCUGAGAUACCGGGCUUCAGUGUACCACCAGCGCCAAAACAAGACAUUAAAGAAGAAUCUAAAGAUGAACCUCCUAAGAAGAAAAUAAAAACUUAAAAACAA